UUUAUAUGUCAUAAACUGAUAUUAUAAAUCAAAGAUUAUUUCAUUGAAAAUAAUUGUGAAAUUUAAAAACAAACAACAUUAAUAAAAUGCACAAAUAUAAAAAUUAAUUUUAAUUCUUAUUUUAAUGAACUAUUAGUUUCUGAUGCUCAAUCAAAAUCAACGUUGUCCUGGCUUAUAUUGUGGACGAACUUUCGACAAUGAAAGUUGGUCUGAAUGUGGUGCUUGUCCAAGAGGGUCGCGCACAAAUGCAAGCUCUAUUUGCAAUCUAUGCGAAGCCGAUCCUAAAUUAUAUGAUUGGAUGUAUUUAGGAUUCAUGGUUCUUCUACCUCUAGUACUGCAUUGGUUUUGUGUAGAUCUUGUCGCUAAACGAAGAAGUUUCAGCAUCCAAGUAUUCAUCCUACAUUUGAGUUGUUUAUUUGAGGUAGGAAUUGCUGCAUUUUUCACUAUAUUGUGGGUGGAACCUACUUGGUCAUUUAGAGUUAAAUCUUGUGGUGUUGUUCGCUUAGCCGACUGGUACACUUUGCUUCACAAUCCUACCCCAAAUUACGAAAAGGCACUUCACUGCACACAGGAAGCAGUUUAUCCAUUACAUACUAUGGGUUUUGUAUUUUAUGGACUUUGCAUAGUUUUAAUGCUUUCUAUAAGACCAUAUUUGAGUAAAAAAUAUCUACCACAUACUGGUAAGAUGGCUAUAUAUUAUGCACUUUAUUUUUUUCCAAUAUUGGCUUUGUUACAUGCCGUUGCUGGUGGUUUGAUAUACUAUGCAUUUCCAUACAUAACCAUUAUCUUAUCUGUUGUAUCAAAUGCUACACAUUUCUCUUUCAAACUGGAUCAAUCAAUGAAGGAUUUAAUUCGAUCUUCGAUUGCUGAUUUGAGGAAUGCUAUUAUCAUCAUGGGGCAUUGGAUUAUACUUGCUUAUGGAUUAUUAGCACUAACUAUAGAUAAAGGUGUGCCGCAUCCCUUUGUUUUAUUGACCCUGGUACCACUACCAGCUGUUUUCUAUAUUCUCACAUCUCGAUUUACAGAUCCUAAUAAAAUACACACUGAUUAGCAAUAAAAUAUUUGUAUAUUUAUUUAUUGCAGAUAUAUUUCAUUUUGUACAAUGUAUGAAAAGCUCAGAUGUUGAUUUGUAUAAUUCCGGCAGGAGCUAUAACCUAAG